AUGGCGCCCACUCGGCUGCGACGUCUGGCUAUCUUUGCCCUCCUCGGCGCAGUGCUGAUGAUAUGGACGCUGUACCAGCGAGAAGAGUGGGAGAACGAGCUGAUGACUCUGGAGAGUCAACAUCCGUUGCUCUAUCACCAUGUCCAUACGCAUCAUACAGAGGGAGGAGCCUGGUACAUUCCACCAACAUGGAUGAGCGCAUCCGACCACCAACCCAAGAAUAUCGUCGAAGCGGCCGAGCUGGCUCUCGGCCUCGCUAACACUGCCGAACACCAUCUGCCGCACACGGCCAUCCCAAUGAUGGUGCAUCAGACCUGGAAGGACACGCACAUCGACACCUGGCCCCAACUCCUCCGGCACAGCGCCGAGCGCUGGCUGCAGGUGACGGACGGGCAGAUGGCGUAUUUCCUGUGGACAGACGCGGGGAUGACCCAGUUGCUCCGCAAAUUCGAGCCAGCCCUAGAAGUGCAAUUUGCGAGUCUGACGAGCAAUGCUGAGCGAUCGGACGUCUUUCGUAUUUUAGUGUCCAAAUGGAUCGGAGGUGUGUACGGCGAUAUCGACACCGAGCCCCUCCGCCCCCCGACCAAAUGGCUCAGCGCAACCGACCUCCUCCCCUGGAACGACACCCAGACCGGCGUCGUCUACAAUUCGACCGGUCCAGUGCAUGCCAUCGUCGGACUGGAAGCCGAUUGCCGUGAGGAUACCGACACCUACUGGCGUAUGGGCUACUCACAACCUGUGCAGCUCACCCAGUGGGCCUUUGCCUGGGCACCCGGCCAUCCGAUCCUGCAGACCUUCCUGGAUGGCUUUUCAACCACCAUGAUGAACAUCUCUGACCGCUACGGCGGCUCCCUUGAUUCCCGGGCUGCGCGUCAGGAGCUGCUCGCCCUCGAUCCGCUGACGCUGACCGGACCUGCCGCGUUCACGGACGCAGUGCGCAGCCAGCUGGCGGAGGGUGCUGGCCUACGAUGGCAGGCUCUCUCAGGAUUGCAGGAUGGGGGUAGGAGUAAGCUGGUCGAUGACGUUCUCGUUCUCCCUAUUACUGGAUUCAGUCCCGGCCGCGGGGCGUAUGGAAACAUGGGCUCGAAGCCGAUCACCGACCCCUCAGCCCGACUGCGGCAUCUGGCGCAGGGGUCGUGGCGGGCGUUCGAUCUGACGGUUGAGUAUGGGAAAUUUUGUCGGACAGUGCUGGGCAUGUGUCGCGACUGGUCCAAGGUGCCUACUGCUGCGAUUGUUUGA